GAAUUCUUAAUGAGUCAUUUGUUAAGUUUUAUGAAUUAGAGUAUAGAUUUAUCAAUCUGAACUUAACGAAGGCUUUUUGUGGAGUAGUAUUGUCUUAUCUAAAACGUGUCUGGUAGAAAACUCAAAGGCAAUUCGAUUCGAGUUUAUUUGCCACCAGCUGCUCAUAGACUGACGUGUUGCAAGAAGUGCAAAUCUCAAAACGUGAACGGAUAGUGCGGUGAUCGAGUGCGCCAUUUCAAACGACAGCUUUAAAAUGAAAGAUGAAAAAAGAAAAAGUUCCGGUUGCAAUGUCACUACCACCGGAAAUGAGGAUCCAUUUUGUAAGAUUAUGGAUAAAGCCGGUUCCAGUGGACACUUUCAACGAAUGUACAAUGGUAUAUUCAUUUUGGGAUUAUCCUGUUUCGGUGCAAUGAUUUAUAUGAAUAUUAUUUUGGCUUUAAAUGUGCCAGAACAUUGGUGUAAUGUGCCAGGACGAGAGAAAACAAAUUUAACUUUAAAUGAGUGGAGGGAUCUGACAUUACCAAGAGAAAUGGAUAAUAGAAAAGUGGAGACUUUUAGCAAAUGUAAAAUGUAUGACAGAAAUUUUACAGAUAUUAAUGUGACUGAUAUUAGCAGCGAUUUUGAUGCAUCGGGAUUUGGAGUUAAAGAAUGUCCUUAUGGCUACAGUUACGAUAAGACAUGGUACGAGCGGACAAUUCCGACACAAGAGAAUUGGGUCUGUGACAAGGAUCUGUACGUUACCAAUACGUUUGUGGUUAGCCGAGUGACCGAAGUGAUUGGUUCAUUUGUCCUUGGCCAAAUGGGUGACACAUUCGGUCGCCGAGUCGUCUACUACAUCAGCGUUAUACUGGCUACAAUUGGACGUUCAUUUUCUAUAUUUUCUACCUCAUCAUUCACAAUGUUCCUGAUUACGUCUAGCCUGGUAGCACUUACUGUCAAUAGUCUCUUCCAGUCACCUCUCAUUGUCGGAAUGGAAAUCUCAGGCGAAGACGAUAGAACCAACAUUGCAAUGUAUCAGAGCUUUGGAUGGUCCAUUGGGACCACAUUGAUGCCGUUGCUCUUCUGGUGGCUGCGAGACUGGGUUCCCUUCAUGUGGCUAACAACUUUACCAACUGCAUUGGUGCUCGUUUUUUACAAAUAUGUCAUCGAAUCACCGAGAUGGUUGAUUAGUAAGAGACGCUACGCCGAAGCUUUGGUGCAGUUCAAAACAAUAGCCCACUUCAAUGGCAGGACCUUCACAAUUACCGAAAAGGAGUUAGCUGAGCUGUAUGGCAAUUUAGAUGAGGAGAAGGUGUUUGGUGUGGCGUCCUUGUUCAGUGGCUGGCGGAUAGCAAAAAACACAAUGAUCAUGGGCUUCAGUUGGUGUGUGGUAGCUGUAUCGUACUUUACUCUGGUACUUUUUAGCUCACGUAUGGGUGGAAAUCCUUUUUUGAAUUUCUUACUACAAAGUGUUGUUGAAAUUCCAGCUUAUAUUGUUGGAAAAUAUUUGGGUGACAAAUAUGGCCGCCGUUUAACCAACAGCAUGUCCUUUUUAAUAUGUUUUGUUUCGUGUAUUCCAGUUGUUAUGUUUGCUCAAAAGCCUCAAUAUGAACACAUUACAACAAUAAUUGCCGCCUUCAUCAAAUUCCUAAAUGCAGUAACAUUUUUCUUAGUUAGUCUGCAAGCUAUGGAAAUCUAUCCGACUUGUUUGCGUCAAACGGGAAUAGCAUUGGGUACAAUUUUGUGUAACGCCAUUGGUAUAUUAGCACCAUAUUUGGUACAUUUGGGUACAAAAUAUGACAUCCGGUAUCCAUAUUUUAUAUUGGGUGCGAUAUUUUUAAUUGGAGGAUGUAGCGGAUUGUUCCUUCCUGAAACGUUACACAAUAAACUUCCGGAUUCACUUGAAGAAGCCAAGUCUUUUGGAAAGAAUCAGAAAUUCUUUAGCCUUCCUAAACCUCAUCAACCUAAUUCUGAAGAAUUAUCUGCGACAGAAAAACUCAAUCAACCGAAAUUUGUCCCAUAAACACCUCAUUACCAAAUCAACGAAAUUAGGACGAAUUUAUGUUUUGAAAUUUUUUGUCAUCCUUUAUUUUUAUUAGAAAUUUAAAUUUGUUAAAGAAUAAUUAAGGAGAUAUGAGUGUGUGAUACAUUUAAAUGUUGAAGUGCUGUGUGUUUUUAGAAAAUAAGUUUUAGUCUUAGUUUGCAUCAUUAUUA